AUGGUUCAAGAAGCUAGCGUCAACUACAAUCCACAUACUCGUUAUACUAUGGAUGCCCUGCGCAUCGGUUGGGAACAGCUUCUGACGAAUAUAAAACGAGCGCAAAAUGAAACAGAGAACCAAAUACUCACGCGUGAUGCCAAGGGGAUUUCAGAGUCACAAAUAGAAGAGUGCCGUCGAUGUUUCAAUCACUUUGAUAAACAGCGCCUUCGUCGCUUGGAGCCCUUAGACUUCAGAGCUUGCCUUGUUUCCUUGGGCUACAAUAUCCCUAAUAAUCCUCAGGCCGAACUUGACUUCCGUCGAAUUAUGCGAAUAGUCGAUCCAAACCAAACAGGAUACGUCACGUUUGAUUCUUUUAUGAAUUUCAUGUCUCGUCAAUCCACCGAUACGGACUCCGUAGAACAGAUGAUCGAAUCUUUUAGGACUCUGGCUGGAGAUUCGGUUAAUUGA